AUGGAAACGGUCCCUGCAGACUACGGCAAGCGGGUUUACCAAGGAGUCCGAGUCAAGCACACGGUGAAGGACUUGCUGGCUGAAAAGCGUUCAAGGCAGACCAGCAGCUCACGGCUGAACGGAAGUCUUGCCACAACACAGUCGUCAUUUGUCCCACUGGCAGGUUCUUCUGCUAUGUCUGGUUACUAUGGCAUCCGAAGAUCCCUAAUGGCAGAUGUGGAUUUACAAAACAAUAAGCAGAUCUCAAGUGACAUCUACACUUCCUCCCUCAUAGCAAAGCCAUUUGCGUAUGAAUCACCAGCAGUUCAGGGAUAUCCUUCGCUUCUAGACACCCAUUUCAUUGACCAAUAUGCUGACCACCGAACUGCAUCCGUCACCUCUGGAGCCUCGUCCCUCUUUAGUGCCUCAUCGCCACUGACGUCAGUCAUGCCAUCCUUCCCAAGCGACUCGGCACAUUUUUUAAGUAGAGACUCCUGGGAACAAGCCAUGCCCGACAGCCUUGGCCAAUCGGAUGUGUGUCCUCCCGACUCCCUUCAAGCACCUUCCAUCACUGCUGGCUGCCUCUCCUCUCAUGAGCCGGGAGUUUCCUCCCAGUACAGAAAUCCCAGCUGGAAUUCGCCCAUCUCUGGGACUCAGUCCUACUCUUUCCAUGCUCUGGACGACGUCCACUACGCAGCUGGCUACUCUGCUGCGUCUCCCUACCCAUUCUCAUCUUUUAUGUCCAGUGUGGCCAGUGACCUGACUCCCAAGAUGCUCCAGACCUCUUCAGAGGAGUCUUCAGACACAGCCCCUCUCCCUGACAACAGCUCCCUGUGGCCAAAGGAAGAUGGGAGCCCCCUUUGGGGGUCGUACGAAUGUCGAAGGACUUACUAAACCAAAGAGACUCGUGACAGAGGGGCAAUCAUAAGCCCCUCUGGUUUUAUUUAAAGAACUGCUUAAAGGGUUGUGACCAUCUUGAGAGAGCCUUUGUGGUGUAGUGGUUGGAGUGUUGGCCUAUGAACUGAGAGGUUCAAAUCCCCACUCAGCCAUGAAGCUUGUGGGGUGACCUUUGGCUCGUCACAAUCUCUCAGCCCAACCUACCUCACAGGGUUGUUGUGGGGAUAAAAUGGAAGAGAACUAUUCAUGUCUCAUUGAGUACCUUGGAGGAACGGUGGGAUAUAAAUGUAAUCAAUCUAAGAGGUGGGUGGACUUUAGGCUUACGGGAUCUGUUUUGGUUUUUGCUGCCAAUAUGCCAACUGGGGCCCAGUGCAAAAUUGUGGCUCAACUGAGUGAGUAUUCUUGAAUAAAAAAAAUUCC